UUUCCUGAAAAUGUCUGCCAUAGAAUUGACAUGCUUUCAAUGGGUGCGGAGGAUAUAGCGUUUCCUAGCCUCAUGUCGCCAAUGUUUCUAGAGGUACAGUUCACCAAGGAAGCAGCUGAUAAAGCCAGUGAGAACGGUAUCAAAGAAUGCAGAGAACGCUAUCUACCAGUCUUUGAAAAGGUUUUAGAUGAGAGUACAUCCGGGUUCCUGGUAGGAGAUUCAAUGAGCAGGGCUGAUAUCAUGCUGUUCGACGGUCUCUGCUAUCUUCACGAAGAUCCUAAACUCGAAUCAGAACUGCAGAAUUUUCCUCGCUGCUCGGCUUUCAUCGACCAUUUCUCCAAGCAAUCUGGCAUCAAGGAAUACCUUGCCAGUCCUCGUCGAAAUGGCUUACCAGAUCUGGAGUAUACCAAACAUUGCUGUCGAAUUCUCAACCUGCCCCUUGCCGGAAAAUAAACUACAUUAUAAGCAUGUGAAAAUGAGGGGAAACAAAAUGAUGUCACUCAAUAGAAUAAUUAACUCUGUGUUCUUGUGUUCUCCGGCUCUCUCUUUCUCGUCUCCCCUCUUAUUUCUCUCUACCCUCUCUCAUCAAUCUACCUCAGGGAAAAGAAAUACUUUAACAAUUUUGGGGGCUACUUUUCAAGCUUGCUUGCACGAAAAUA